AUGGGAAAACACAACAAGCUAAAUGGCAUUAUUCACAUAAGAAUUGCCUUUUACUCUGAGGUUGGAAUUGGGAUCUUGGCCAACACCAUCCUUUUUCUGUUCCAUCUCUUCAAGUUCCUCUUUGACAACAGAAUCAAGAACACUGAUGUGAUCAUUGGUCUCUUGGCCCUAAUCCACCUCCUGAUGCUGCUCAUCAUGGGGUUCAUAGCUACAGACAGUAUUACAUCUCUGGGAGGUCUUUGGGAUGACAUCACAUGUAAAUCAGUCAUCUACUUGUACAGGUUUCUGAGGGGCUUCUCCAUUUCUGCCACUUGUCUGCUGAGUGUCCUUCAGGCCAUCACCCUCAGUCCUAGAAGCUCUUGUUUGGCAAAGUUCAAAUCUAGAACCCCACAGGACAGCCUGAGGUGGCUUCUUUUCCUGUGGGUGUUCUACAUGCCAUUCAGCGCUCACUUCUCCAUCUCUGCUGUUGCCAACUCCACAGUGUCCUCACAGGGUCUUGUAUUUGUCAGUGAUUCCUGCACUAUUUUACCCAUGAGUUAUUUCCUCAGACAUUUAUUUUCCAUACUGGGUGUAUUUCGGGAUAUCUUUCUUAUAGGGUUCAUGGUACUCUCGAGUGGGUACAUGGUGACCCUCUUGUGCAGGCAUAGGAGGCAGUGCCAGCACCUUCAAAGCACCAGCCUGUCUCCACAAGCUUCCCCAGAACAGAGGGCCACCAGGGCCAUUCUGCUGCUCAUGAGUUUCUUUGUUCUCCUGUACUCUUUGGACUGCAUCAUAUUCUCCUCAAGGAUUAUGUGGAACAAUGACCCUGUUUGUCGUUCUAUCCAGAUGAUGGUGUCCAAUGGCUAUGCCACAAUCAGUCCUUUGGUUUUCAUCUGUACUGAAAAACAAAGUGUUGACUUUUUGAAAUGCUUGUGGGGGAGAAGAGUAAAUAUUUAG